UGGCGUCCAAAAAAUGACGCGUGCAUGACGUAGCUCCGCCCAACACAAAUAUACUCAAAGGAAAGCCCGACGAAAACAAGGAAGUAACGAGCAAAAAAGACGAGGAACUUUGAGUAAACCGUAUAUUUAUUGUGAAAUAAACGCAGAAUUCGGACUGUUGAAAUUCUCGUCCCCUAGAAUAUUUUAUCUACAGUGAGGAACAAUGAACAACAAAGGUUCAUAUCCACAACAAGCUGUUUACCCUCAGCAGAGCACAGCACCCGUUUACCCGCCUGCUAUGCAAGUCCCUCCUCAGGUGUCUCCAUAUCCAGAUGCCCCUCCUCCAUACUCUGAGGUUUAUCAGCCCAGGUAUAUGGCUCCUCCCCCAGCCCCUGGACAGAUGCCCCAAAUGACCUCAGCAUACCCAGGUACUCAGAUGUACAUGCCCAUGCAUGCUCAGACUGUGCCAAUGGGAGCCAUGGCCCCUAGUGUCCCAAUGGCUUAUUAUCAGAUGGGGCCCGUGUACCCUCCUGGCUCUACCGUCAUGAUGGAGGGCGGAUUUGAUGCUGGAGCUCGCUUCGGGCCUGGCACCAGUGCUUCCAUUCCUCCUCCACCACCUGGACACCUCCCUAACGCGGCUCAGAUGGCUGCCAUGCAAGGUGCAAAUGUUGUGAUGACACAACGCAAGGGCAACUUUUUCAUGGGCGGCUCCAGCGGCGGUUACACCAUCUGGUAACAGUUAGCAUCACCCUGGGCCUGGACCGAAGCCCUCCUUUCCCUCUCCCUGGUUCCCUUUACCUGUUCUCCCACGCCUGCCUCCCUCGGGGCUGCUUGGCUAAGCCACAAUACUGAUUUAAUCUAAUGGAAUGUAAUAUUUUAGAGCCCCUUACUCAAGGUACAAUACUCCACUGUUGAUAUAAUUGUGUAAUAACACAGUUUUUGUGUAUUCACAAUUAAAACCGCUUUCAAAAGUGCAUGAUAUUUGUAGGUUUGAACUUCUAGUGAUCAUAUAUGUCAUAAUUAUUGGUUGGCUAAGACGACUUUUAAGGUGAAAACCAGGUCAUUUUUACCUUUAUUGCCAUUGGCAUACCUCGUACAACUUCAUUUUACAGUACAUUUUCUAGUUUUUGGUUGUCUUCUUGAGCCGGAGAUCAUGCCAAGAGAACUGCCGAGCCAGUUUGAUCAUCUGUGUAAAGUAGCUAUGCACUUGAAACAUUCUCUUUGAAUAGUAUGCUUAACUAAGCCUUUCAUUCCUAUCAUUAUUAAGGUCUUGUCAGAUAUGUAAAAUGCGGAAGUAAGCGCUCUCAAAUUCAAAGAGAAAGACGUGUUUACAAAUUCAAACAACGGUGGAGUAUUGUACCUUUGGGCAAGCGUAUAUAAAUAUUAUCAGGUGCCAAAACUGCACCAUUAUUUAAAAGCAAAGGAAUUUACAUAUGAAUGAACCUAAAUGCAGUAAAAGAGAGCGAACAAGAUAAACAAAAGUUGGAUUUUUUUUCAAUAUUUUCCCUCCUAUGUCGGAUACCCAGAGCUGUACAUAUAGCCGUUUAGCGUGUGUUUAUGUGUGUUCCAGCUCUAUGUGCAACUUCACAAACUUCUUUAGCAUUUUCCACAAAGGUAAAGUUGUUUACAAAGGUCAGGGCUUAAUCAAGAGACGAUUUAUUUUCAGUAUUUUAAAUUGUUUGGCACAUCAAGCAUUUUGUUUGUUUGUGGGGAGCUGCUUGUACCAAAGAUCUGGACUAGAAUGCACUAAAGCUUUUUGCUUUUUGUAAGUCUUCUGUCAAAGUACAUCUGCACUCAGAUUCAUACUGAAAUAAGUAAACAUAUCAUAUUUAGAUGAUGGUGAUUGCUUUGCAGGUGUCACGCACCAGGCAGAGCACACCACUGCUGUGACUGCAUUUUGUAGGGGGUUGUGUUGAAAAAUAUGUUUCCUAGUUGCAUCUUAAUGUUUCUGCAUGCACUUUUCAGUCAUUUUGUUCUUAAUAAAGAGUUAUCAUUGUUAAAAUUUUUUAGAAGUACUAAAAGAUUAAUUUAUGUGCACUGUCAACCAAUUCUGAAAUGUUUUUUUGCCGAUUUCUUUUGUACAUAUGCUUUUAAAUACAAAAACAGCGUCAGUCAUACUUGUUGCUGCAUUGAUGACUUUUCAAAGCAGUACGGUAAUGCGUAGUAGCAUAUAAAACGGCUUUUGUUUGGCUGAGAAAUUGUGGUGUUGAUUUGUAAAUGUUUCACAAGAGAUUAGUUUUCCUCUCACAUCUGUAACGUGGUUUAAAAAUGUUUCACAAAAUACCCGACAUAAAAGGAAAACCUACACCAGCAGUUGUCUCCACCACUUUUUGCUCUUAUAAUUUAUUUAAUUGUAGUGCUGUCAAACGAUUAAUCACGAUUAAUUGCAUCCACAAUAAAAGUUUGUUUUACGUAAUAUAUGUGUGUAUUGUGUAUAUUUAUUAUGUAUAUAUAAAUACACACAUACAUGUAUAUAUUUAAAAAAAAUAUAUAUGUAUUUAUAUAUAAUUUAAACUAUAUAUACGUAAGUAUUUUAUAUAUAAAUAUAUUUUUGUUAAAUAUACACAUGCGUGUGUGUGUGUAUUUAUAUAUACGUAAUAAAUAAACAGUACACACAUAGUAUGUAAACAAACUUAUUUUGGAUGCGAUUAAUCGUUUGACAGCACUAUUUAAAUGAUAAACCUUCAUUUACCCUUCAAAAGCAGCCGUUUUCUGUUUGACACUACAACUUAUUAGUUCUGUAGCAGUUACCUGUAUUAUAUCUGACUGUAAUCUAAAAUGCUGCUUAUUUUGCUUGGUAACACUGAGGUGAAAUGCUUACAAACGCUCACUCGAGUUUAUUUUCCAUACGUUCACUGGUAUCCCAUUAUUUUUUUGUCAUUAUACCAUAUAUAUUUUCUGAUCGAUUAAAAAAAACAAAAAGAGAAAAAAAAAGAGGGAAUUUUAUGCGAGCCUUGCAAAUGGGGCUCAUUUUUAGGCUUUACACGUUUCAGGUGCAUCACUGGGUAUCCGACACUACAGUUCUAAAGGUUUUGCCUUUAAUCUUAAUAAAAAAAAAAUAUAAUAAAAAAAAAAAAAAUACAUUUAUGUAGAUUUUCUCUCUGCAAAUAAUGGAAAAAAACAUUUCUCAUAACUUUGCCAAGUAUGCUGGCAUUGCCUUAGCACCAUUUAUAUAAUUUUCUGUGAUUUCUUAUGUAGGUUUUUAUUUUAGUUUAAAACUUCUGACCUGACUUUUAUGGCAUUCCUUAUUCAAAUCCCAUUUCAUUUAUUUUUAAUUUGCUAUGAAAAUAACAUAAGGCAAAAAACAUGAGGGCAAAGCCUUCAGAACUCAAUAUCUGUUUCAAUCUUAGCGCAGCAUUUUCUCAUGGCAUGUGCCACCUUGUGUUUGUGUAUGCAAUGUAGCGGAUACACUGCUUAUCUUGAGCCUCAAUACCAUGACAGUCACGGAUGGUAUACGUCUUUGUGGGCACUACAGUUCAGGGAACCCUUUUGAUUUUUUUUUUCUAUAUAUAUAAUAUAAAAAAAGAUUGUGAUGGGUUAUAAUGGAUGCAUACUGCAGCAUCAAGGAACAGAGGUCCUUCCUAGUUUGCUACAUGACAAAAUGAUCUCCAGUGAAAAAUGUGGUGCACUUAACUUUUUUUAUACUAAACCUUAAGUAUAAAACAAAAUUUAGAAUAAAAGCUAUUUUGAAUUUUGA